UCGUCUUCGACACGAUGGAAAGCACGCCAGGGAAAGGAUGCCUACUCAAGAGAAGCCAAGGUCGCGGGCCUGAAGUCUCGAGCAGCCUUCAAGCUCCUGGAGAUUAAUGAGAAAUACCGCCUUUUCCACAAAGGCGAUACCGUGGUCGACUUAGGCUUUGCGCCUGGGAGUUGGAGCCAGGUUGCAGUCAAUAGAGUAAGCCCGGGAGGACGUGUGGUGGGCAUUGACAUUAUUCCUGCCCAACCUCCGCGAGGCGUCAACGCGCUACAAGGCAAUUUCUUGAGCCCAGAAAUCCGAGAAGAGGUGCGAAAGUUCGUCAGCGACCCAGAUCGAGGCAGAGUAAGACGGAAGAAUAUUACGGAAGGGGAUGUCACGGAGGACGAUCUGAGCUCGGCAAAUCAAAGCAUCCUCGAGUUCGAAAAACAUGCUGCUGAAGAGGAGAGGAAGCUCAAGGAGAUACCUAAAGGAGGCAUGACCCAGGCACAACUUGAUCUCGCCGAGGGCAGAGUCGUGCAGGUUGUCUUAAGCGAUAUGUCAGAACCUUGGCCCUUGGUGACCUCUACAUGGGUACGCAGCGUUUCUAACCCAUAUAACAGGCUCAUGAACACCAGUGGCAUUGUGGCGCGGGAUCAUGGAGGGAGCAUGGAUCUGUGCAUGUCUGCUCUGACGUUCUGCUUUGAUACCUUGGCGAGCGGAGGGAACUUUCUUUGCAAAUUCUAUACUGGUGCUGAAGACCAUGCUCUGGAGCUGCGCUUGAAGAAGCUCUUUGAGAAG